AUUUACAACAACAUUGAUUCCAUCUUGUGAGCCUCGUUUGGAAGAUUUUUCUGUGAUCAUGCUUCUGCUUGAUGUUGAUUACAAUAUCCCUGAUAAGUCUCCGGUGAAAAUUCAGAUCUAAGAGUCAGCCUCGGCCCACAAAAUUUCUCCGCUGUCUAUUGUCCACUGUCCACUGUCCACUGUCCACUACUUCCCCGGCAUAGCCGAGCACGGGUCGGUCUAUUGCCCACCGAAUUUUGCUUCACUGUGGGUGGGGACAACGACGCUCCCCCACAAUUGGGGAAAGACUGGGGAUUCCUUCAAAUGCAUAUGUUUAGGAUUACCCAAAAACCCCCGGGUUUUCGUUGGUAGAUCCUAGGAAGCUGUACCGGAACUCAAACACGAAGAUGGACACUCGCGACACCAAGUCCAACUCAGCCCAUUUGGAAAAUGUCCCUGAAGAGUUGAUGGAGUGCACAACUUCGCCAUGGAAAUGCCUAGCCCAAAAUCCCUGGGUCAUUCUAUUCUGUCUCUAUGGCAAUCUCGGGGCAUUGAUGUACGGGUUUGACAACCUGGUGUUGUCUCUGGCACUGUCAAUGCCCGGUUUCGAGAUUCAAUUCGGCGAGCUCAGCAAUGGGUCAUAUGUGAUACCGGCAUAUUGGCAGUCCUUAUGGAGUGCCAUGUCCCAAGUCGCCACGAUGAUGGGAGCUACCAUCGCUGGACCGGUGCAGGAUCACUUCGGUCGUCGUGCUGCUUUCCUACUAGGCGCGAUCAUCUCUGCUGCAGGUGUAGCCGUCGUCUAUACGGCAUCCACUCCUGGAGUUUUCCUUGCGGGAAAGAUUGUGAAUGGACUGUCACUUGGUAUUUGCUUGACAACCGGUCAGACCUACAUCUCGGAAGUGACUCCACUGCAAAUUCGUGGUAUUGCUUUGUCUGCCUAUACGUUCUGCAUGAACCUUGGAUACAUGAUUGCAGCUUCUGUUGCGCUGCCCCGUAUGUCAAUGGUAUCAACAUCUGCAUACAAGGUUCUGUUCGCCGCCGCAUGGGUCUGGCCGGGCGUCAUCAUUCUCUUGCUUCCACUAAUUCCUGAGUCGCCCUACUUUCUCGUCAUGAAAGACCAACUGGACAAAGCCCAACAGUCUCUCCAAAAACUAGGCAAUGCGCCUUCGCAGGUCGUGCCCCUUUUGGAUCAGAUUGUUCGUGUCAACGAAGAGGAACAGGCCCGAGAUGCUGCCGCCAAAGGAGCCAGUUUCCUCGAAUGCUUCCGUGGGGUCAACUGGCGACGUACCAGAAUUAUCCUCAUCUGCAAUGGCUUGUCGCAGGUGAUCGGAGCCAGUUUCAUGUCGAACGGGCCUUACUUUCUUGUUUCGGCGGGCAUGUCCGCGGCUAAGAUUGGCAUGAUGACCGAGAUUGGUAUUGGCUUUGGUCUCGCUAGCUCAAUCCUGACUGCCUACCUCAUGGCGAAAUGUGGACGCCGAAGACUCAUCAUUUUCGGUUUGUCUCUAUCAAUCGUUUUCUACACUGUGAUGGGAAUUGCUGGGUGCUUCCCAAAUUCGCGCACCGCCUUGUGGGUCAUCGGUAUCUUCCUCGAGCUAACCUGGUGGGUCUAUGGCCCCGCCAUCGGUCCAGCCAUGUCGAUAGCCGGAGAGGUCUCUGCCGUACGUCUUCGUGCCAAGUCGAUGGCUGUUGGAUUCACCUUCAACUACUUCUUUUCUACCGUCUGGAAUGUCGUGAUGCCAUACCUGUACAACACGGAUGAGGCGCAUCUGGGAGGCAAGAUCGGAUGGAUUUUCGCUGGCUUGGGCAUCAUUACCUUGUUCAUCAUCUACUUCGAGGUCCCCGAGACCAAAGGCCGAUCCUUUGAAGAUCUGGAUGAGAUGUUCAAUGAGAAUGUCAGCACUCGGGCAUUCCGGACAUACCAGUGCUGCCCGCCUCAGGAGCUGCGGAAGAUUGGCGAAGAGUAGAGUCAUGGGCAUUUGCGCUGCCUUGUGAGGUAUAUAGAUUUUUGCAAUACAGUCACG